AAUUUCAUUGUUUGUUUUUUAGCUUCAAUAUGCGGUCCCGAUGAAGUGUAUUCCGAUUGUACAAACGGCGGUUGUAAUGCGAAAAACUGUACACAAUUAGGCAGACCCGUACCUUGCGUUAAGAUUAAUUCUAAGAAUUGCAAGAAAGGUUGCAUUUGUAAAGAGGGAUACUUACGCGACGAAAACGGCUUAUGUGUUCCUGAACAAUCUUGUCCCCAGUCUUGUAACAAGCCGAACGAAGUUUAUGAGCGGUGUACCUUCGACUGCCCUCCACAGACGUGCGACAGUCUCGACAAAGCGUAUGCGUGUCCAUUGCAGAAUAACCAAACUUGCGUAGGAAAAUGU